GUUAUAGUAACUGAUAUAUAGUGUGUUGCAACAAACACCAUGAACAACAAUGUGAACUUGUUGAUCGGUCUCGCAGUUUUGUUAUAUAUUCUACCAACGCAAUCUACUGUUAUUAACUUCGACCCCCGUGGAGGUACAAACCUAGCAAUGCCACCUCCAGUAGAUACACCAGUUCUUAUAAUAAACGGAACGCUCUCACCUGCUGAUCAGCACAUAAUACUCUUGAUAUAUAACAGCACAUUAAAAAGCACCGAUUCAUCCACUAGAAACAACACGACAGCAACGGAUAGUCGUUUACUCCCCAUAGCAGUACAACAACCAUUGUACUUUCAACAACUGACUGAUAUUCUUAACAACAGAACAUUGUUUUUAGCAUUGAUGCCACCGUCAGCAAUACCUCCGGGUUAUUUGCAGAAUAUUAACCGCGUAGGCGACCAAUCUACCGAAGUUACAACAACACAACCAGUAAAUCCGAACCGAAACCAAAUUAUUGUUGAAACUCCAUACGAUCCAACGUCAGGUGCUGGUGACGUCACAUCUACUUCUGACCCAAAAACAAUAACAAUACCUUACAUUCUAAACCCAAAUUCUCAGUGUGGGGUAUUUCCCGCAUGCAGUAUCGGAUUACGAAUAAACGAGAAAUCGGAACUAACGGCCGUGACUUGUCAUAAACCAGUGGUUGGUUUGUUAGUAGCCAUCGUCAUCAUCUUAUCCAUCGUGAUCGUGCUCAGUAAUGUUUUGAUCAUCGUGGUGACGAUGCGAACUCGUUCUCUACGAAAACCACACGGAUAUUUCAAAGUAUCUCUGGCAGUUUCAGAUUUAUUAAUGGGUUUGCUUGUCCUACCAUCGGUUGCACACAACAUAUUGAACGGGAUCAAAUACCAGCAAUCAGAUUACAAACAACUGAUGUUGUAUAGUGAGCACACUACUGUAGAAGGCGCAAUCUUUGGCAUUGUGGGGAUAAUCUCUUCAACAACAACAGUAUUCGGGUUGUUUCUGCUCACAAUCGACAGCUAUUUGUCAGUGCGAUGGCCAGUCAAGUAUAGAGUAGGUGAUAUUAUGACGACACCAAGAGCUUUGUUUCUUGUGGCGUUUAUUUGGAUUAUUGGAUUGGCCGUGUCCGCUCUACCUAUAUUAGCAAAAGACUUUCUGGAAUACAGACUCGUGUAUUUCACCUUUAUGUAUAUGCCAUACCUUAAGCCUAUACCGGGAACCGAAGGACAAGCUUCGAUACAAAGAUAUUUACAUGGAGUGUUGUACGCGGUGUUCGUGUGGGGAUUACCCUUCAUUAUCACAUGGAUCUUAACCAUCAUGACGUCGUGUGAGAGCAUGCGUAUGUUGCGUCAUAUGCGUGAUGCGCGAAGACAAAGCGUCCGAUCUACGAAAGCACUGAACCGCGUCGACCGUGAUAUUCGUCGAACCGUUGCCGUCGUUCUACUUCUCUUCACAAUCACAGUGCUGCCCGUGUUUGUUGUUAUUGUCACUUUCUUACCUUCUGGAAAUGAGAAGUGUCCGUCAAAAGCAAAAUCCAUCGCCUACUACGUCACUACUAUUCUAUUAGUGUCCGGGAGUUUUUUUAACGUCAUCAUCUACAAUGUUUGCAACAAGGAAUUCCGUGAAGCUUGCUUUAAGUUGUGUGUGGACAUGCUACGACCUUGCUGUUUCGAAUCCGUCACCGCCAUGUUCGAGCACCAGGACCGAGCAUCGAAGCGACGCGCCGAUUAUUGGAAAUCUAACGCAUCAAAGAAAUCGGCGAAAAUCCGUGAUGCAAAUAAUGACGGGAAAAGAUCUUUAUCUGCGUCGACAGCUGUUACUAGUGAAGGACGAAGUAAGUCGGUAACCGAUGAAUAUUCAGUGAAAGCCACGGAUACAACGAGCACAUCUUACGAGAAUGAACAACGAAUCAACAACAAUAGCAAAUAAAUGAACCAAUAAUUCGAGUGUUAUAACUCGACUGUUUUGAAAGAAAAACGAGAGAAACUGCAAAAAAGUGUUUUGUCAAUAUUUAUUGCAAAAAUAGAUGUACAGUUUAUAGAUGUUCCUUGUGUUUUGUUUUCUGUUGUCGAUAAAUUGCUGAUACGGGAUUUUUCUGGUCUAUUUAAGGUAAACAUAUUUGCACUUAUGUAUUCAGUUGUUCAAGCUAACGAAAUGUUACAUAUUGUAAUUUAAAU